AUCAUGUGUUGUUUCAAUUGACGCUCAAGCGAGUGGUUCGUGAGAGACAAUUAUUGAGUGCGUAACAAAGAUGAAGACGGAGCACCGCACGUGCUGCGCGUGCGGAGAGGCGAUCGCGGACCGGUUCCUGCUGGAGGUGGGCGGAGGCGCAUGGCACGCGUCCUGCCUGCGCUGCUGCGUCUGCGCCUUGCAGCUCGACCGCCACCCGUCGUGCUUCCUGCGCGACCGUCAGGUCUACUGCAAGCAGGACUAUGCCAAGAGUUUCGGUGCAAAGUGCUCGAAGUGCUGCCGUGGCAUUUCGUCAUCGGACUGGGUGAGGAAGGCCCGAGAGCAGGUGUACCAUCUCGCCUGCUUUGCCUGCGACGCUUGCGGCCGCCAGCUCUCCACCGGUGAACAGUUCGCGCUUCACGAGGAUCGGGUACUUUGCAAGCCUCACUACCUCGAGACGCUCGACGGUGGAUCUAUAUCUUCCGAUGACGGUUGCGAUUCAGAGGGCUACCACAAAAGCAAAGCGAAGCGGGUGCGUACUACUUUUACGGAGGAGCAACUUCAGGUUCUACAAGCCAACUUCCAGUUGGACUCGAAUCCCGACGGGCAGGACCUCGAGAGGAUAGCCCAGGUCACAGGCUUGAGCAAGAGAGUUACGCAAGUCUGGUUCCAGAACAGCCGCGCGCGCCAAAAGAAACACCAGCACACAGGGAAAGGCAAACAGGGGCAAGUGAUGUCGAGAGAAUCUGAGCCAGUGGGGUUUGGGCGACCCAUCAACCUCCACCUCACCUAUUCGUUUCAGAACAAGCCCCCGUUCGUGCCAAUAGAUGGGACUUCUUUCACGGAUUCCUCAAUGGAUGAACUCUCUGAAGACUCCUCUAUACACUGCAUGCAGAGUGAGGCGUAGAUAGUUCCGUGCGGCUUGUGACAGUGAUAUUUAACAUGCUUUUUGUCUUCGAUAUAUUUAAAACUGAGGGCGUUAGAAUUCGGCUUGGAAUUGGAGGUUGAUUAUUAUUAUAGUUAUUAAUUCUCUACAGUAAAUUGUAAAAAGAUAAUUAAUUUUAAUUAAUUUAUUUAUUUAUUAUAAGUAACUGUGAUACGUUCCUUCAAAUAUAUUUUUGCUUAUAAAAUAGAAAUACUCGCAACAUUAUUUUAAGUAAUCUACUAGUGAGCUGAUACUGAGAGCCUGUCGUGUGAACAAUUAACAUUAUUGAACCGAAACGCGUAAUAUAUUACAAACUACAUUUCUGGUGAUACACAAAUUCAUAAAUAAAUUGUGUAAGAAGACCAGUGAGGGUCCUUAAUUUCACGGUCGGUUUGGUUCUUCUCAUUGAGGCCGGAUGUUCUUCCGAUGUUGCCAAAUUGAUGAAUGGAGGAAUUGCUCAGUUUUAAUAAUUUAAGUUAGAUCCCAACUCAUCGAUUGUUGUAGAAAAUGUAAAUAAAUAAGGUACUUGAAUGUAAACAACAAACGAUUCCAUAUCAGUUGGUAAUUAGCAAUGGGCAACCAAAACCCGUGUUGCUCCCUUUGAUAGCCUCUAACUAUACUCAUAGUAUAAUACAUUAGUUUAUAGUUAUAUUAAUAAGUACUGUUUCACCCUCAUAGUGUAUUAGGUAACGAUGUAAUGUUGCAGAAUAAGCUCAUAAAACCAGUCAAUUAAGGGAUGAUAAUGUCUUCGCUUAAAUCUAAAUUAUUAGUUUCUUGUAAGUUGUAUAUAAUAUAAAUUUUAAUAUAAUCACCAAUUAUUGUAAAUUCUUUAUGUACGACUCAUCUCGGCGUCAUUAUUGUAGUACAUAAGUAGCUGAGUACCAAGUACUUGUACUCUUUUAUGUACAAAUUAUGAAUUAUAUUAUGUUGU